GAUGACAUGGACACGCUCACCUUCAACGCGCCCACUAGCAUCUUGUUCCGACAUGUAACUCAGAGGCGAAGAAGCAGCCUAUCAGCGAGAUGAACCCUAAGGAGGCCCUUGAAGUGCCUGACAUGAACAUGAGUCAAUUAUUGUUUGACCUAUGUAUCCCCCUUGGAUGCGACUACCUCGAGCCUAUCAAAGACGUUGGUCCGAAAUUCCUACUCAAGCUGAUACGUGAGUAUGGAGCGUCGUGAAGGAAGCACUUGAGAGAAAAAGCCGCCAUACAAAGAGCAGCUCAGGCUACCGUCGACUCGGACGAAGAGUUCGAGCAUGAAGAGGAAGACGAACCAGCGCCAACGAGCGUGGAAGAUCAAAAUCCUACACCCGAUGACUGAAUGGAUGCAGGAGAAACAGAGGAUAGUCGAAGAGGCGCCAAGUGCACUCAUCGUUGGGGGUGGUGCUUUGGGUAUUCCUGAAAACGAGAAAUGCGGCCUAUAAGCUCUACUCAAGCCCUAGCUGCCCCCGCCAUGCCAUCUCUCCUUCUCCACCACGAACAUCGCACAGCGUAUCGUCACCAGCGUCUACGUGUCUUCCUCCACAGGCGUCGACGCAGCAUCCGCUUUCUUCGUCGGGACAUACGGCCGUGCCCACGAACUCCCCGUCGCACUAGGAACACCAGCAGCUGGAGCCGUAGUGGUCGCAGGUGACGCAGUGGUGGGAGUUACAGGACUAGCGGAAGCUACUGCCGCUGGGGAAGGGGUGAUGGGAGCAGCGGGGGCAGGUUUGGGUUUAGGCAUACCGUUGGCAGCUGCUGCGUUUGCUGCGUUCAUCCAUCCGUACUUUCCACCUGGGCCUGCUGCUUGUGUUGCUACGGCAUUGUACAUUUUCUUGCACAUAUUAUAUUUCUAGGGAUUACUUACGCUUUACUGCUACAUACUAAUGGUACCUGAAAAG